GGUUUGCGUCGGAGCCGCCGGCAAUCCGGAAGUUGACGCGACGUGGUUGCACAUGGCCGCGCCCUGGAAGGAUGCCGCUCGUGGUGUUUUGCGGGCUGCCGUACAGCGGCAAGAGCCGGCGCGCGGAGGACCUUCGCGCGGCAUUGGCGGCCGAGGGCCGCGCGGUGUACGUGGUGGACGACGCGGCGGUGCUGGGCGCGGAGGUCGCGGCAGUGUACGGCGAUUCGGCCCGUGAGAAGGCCUUGCGUGGGGCCCUGCGAGCGGCCGUGGAGCGCCGCCUGAGUCGUCACGACGUGGUCAUCCUCGACUCGCUUAACUACAUCAAGGGCUUCCGCUACGAGCUGUACUGCCUGGCGCGGGCGGCGCGCACUCCGCUCUGCCUGGUCUACUGCGUGCGGCCAGGUGGUCCGAGCGGGGGACCGCGGGUGGCGGGCGCGGAGGAGAGUCCGAGCCUGAACGGCAGUGUGAGUUGGCGGCCGCGCGCUGAGGAAGGAGGGAGGUCUCUAGCGGCGGGCACCGGUGUCCUCGGGGAACCGCGGGCUGUGGGCUCUCUAGUAAAUGGGAGAGCCCGGGCAGAAGUACCCAAGGAACCGGAGCGGGAGGAAACCAGGACGCCAGAUUUUCCAGUUCCUGUGACUCCGGAAUUCGAGAAAUCUGCAGAGCGUGUGUCCGGUGCCUUUUAUCCUCCCAAACUUCUGGAGGCCCUAGCGCUGCGCUUCGAAGCUCCCGACUCUCGGAAUCGCUGGGACCGGCCCUUGUUCACCUUGGUGGGCUUAGAGGAGCCCCUGCCCCUGUCAGAGAUCAGAGCUGCCUUGUUUGAGAACCGGGCUCCUCCACCCCAUCAGUCUACCCAGUCCCAGCCACUUGCCUCUGGCAGCUUUCUGCACCAGUUGGACCAGGUCACCAGCCAGGUGUUGGCAGGACUGAUGGAAGCGCAGAAGGGUGCAGUCCCUGGAGACUUGCUUAAGCUUCCUGGCACCACAGAGCACCUGCGGUUUACGCGGCCUUUGACCAUGGCAGAACUGAGUCGCCUCCGUCGCCAGUUUAUUUCCUACACCAAAAUGCACCCCAACAAUGAGAACCUGCCUCAACUGGCUAACAUGUUUCUGCAGUAUCUGAGCCGAAGCCUGCACUAACCAGAGCAGUGGAUUACCCCUGAUGGUGAUUAUCCAUAAGUCCUGGUGUGGAGCUUGCAAAGCUUUAAAGCCCAAAUUUGCAGAAUCUACAGAAAUUUCAGAACUUUCCCAUAAUUUUGUUAUGGUAAAUCUUGAGG